AUGGCAGCGCAGGCUGGUGGCGGGGUUCCUUUAACAUCAAGUCAAACUAACUGGUUUUUGUUGCAGCUUGCACCAAAGUAUCUCCACACCAACUCUACCAGCCACACCUGGUCCUUCAGCGCCAUCGCUGGGCUCAUCGACAAUGCCUAUGAUCCAGAUGUCAGCGCCAAACAGUUCUGGAUCGAUAAAACUAUGAUUAAAGAAAAACUGUGCCUCACCUUUAUGGAUAAUGGAAAUGGACUGGACCAUGAAACUAUGCAUAAAAUGCUCAGUUUUGGAUACAGUGACAAGACUGCCAUAAAGGGACACGUGCCCAUUGGGAUGUAUGGAAACGGCUUUAAGUCUGGAUCUAUGCGUCUGGGAAAAGACGCCAUUGUCUUUUCCAAGUCAGAGAGUGGAAUGUGUAUUGGGAUGCUUUCCCAGACCUACCUGGAAUUGAUUGGUGCCAAUCAAAUUCAAGUACCGAUUGUUUGCAUCACAGAGAGGAAUUUGAUCAGCUAUAUCCUUUUUAACUGACAAUCUUUCAUUUAUUCGUUCAUCCUAUCUGGACGAUUGGCGGUUAACAUGUUCUGUGUAACCUGUUUGACUGUUCUGUUUGUCUGAGCUUUGAAUUGAUCACACAUUGUU